CAGGCAAGAACAGAUCUCUGAACCUACAGAGUACUCUUCCUACUAGUUAUGCAGUUUCAAGCUAUCUCCGCGUGCGUUCUAUGGCCGAGGAUGGUCAAAAGAAGCAACCAACAACUGUAACAAAAGCCUCAAAGAAUCCACAGCCAGCUGCAGCUCCUUCACCUUCACCUCCUCCCCCUUCUCCUAAGUUUUCGGACGUGUUUGCAUUCAGUGGACCAGCUCCAGAGAGAAUCAACGGCAGGCUGGAAAUGGUGGGCUUCGUUGCCGCUCUGGCAGUUGAACUAUCUAAGGGGCAAGAUGUGUUUGCUCGGAUAUCCAAUGGCCCCGGAGUCCCAUUGUUCAUCGACACAAGUGUUUUGCUAUCAGUGGCAUCAUUGGUUCCUCUAUUGAAAGGAGUGAGUGUGGAGUCCAAAUCCGACGGGAUCAUGACCUCAGAGGCAGAGCUCAUAAAUGGAAGGUUGGCCAUGUUGGGUCUUGUAGCUUUGGCCUUCACCGAAUAUGUGACUGGUGGAAUCCUAGUGUAGAUCAGUCUAACAGUCAUUACAAUUAACUCACAAGGAAGGGCUUACUAGAUUCAUAUAUAAGCAUUUAAUAUACAAGAGCUUCACGCCUAGGAUUAACUCGAUCAUCCUCGGUCUUUUUUAAAUUUCUCUUUGUAAUCUUUAUAAUCAAAGAAUGCAUGUAUCCUGUUGGAACUUGUGGUUUCUUUGGGUUUAAUAUACUCACUUCAAUGAAUAUCAAGUUUCAUAUAUA